GUAGCGAGUGAUUGAAUGAUCUCGACAGCUAUUUUACAGUAUGGACGUUCGUACAUGCUACGGAUGGUCAGUAUUGGGUUCCGUAUUGGACGGUAGAGAAUGUCGCGUAUAUGGACUUGCGACGCUGUAUUUUUUCUCUACCCCAAUUCAUUGCACUGUUCUAUGCUUUCUUUUGGUGUGAAUGAACAACACCCUUUUUUCUAGGAGAGCUAGGUUGUAGUUCGAGAUUUCAUAUUUUUUAAAGGUUUAAGUUCCCUCGGCAUUCAAUUAGAUUGUAUGAUUUACAGCUAGAGUUAGCCGGUGGGAAAUAAUAAAACGUUCACUGCCCUUCCCUGCUCUUUCACCACGACGACGACGAUGGAGACGACGCUCCUCAUUCACAUCGUCUCGCAGACGGCCUCCAACGUUGAUUUCCUCGUCGCCAACGGGUACGUCACUCAAGGAGAGGCUGCCGGUCUGCAGAGAAAACUAUCCUCUCUCCAAUCAACGACGGCCUCGACACCGGCGCCUGUUCGUUCGACCCCCUUUAGGUUGCCCUCCCUGCCCCCACCAGCACCAGCACCAGCACCAGCGGUCGUGCAAGCCAAAGCUUUGUGGGCAUACAACCUCGACGCCUCUGACCGCGACGACCUCUCAUUCGCAGCUGGGGACAUCAUCACCAUCGUCGAAGAGACCAACGCCGACUGGUGGCUCGGGGAGUAUGGCGGCCGUAGGGCUCUCUUCCCAGCUAACUACGUCGAGAAGAUCGCACCAGCACCUACGCCUGCGCCUGCUCCCCGGACCCUACCUCCUGCGUUCACCCCACCGACCGGUGUUCGAUCGGUACCUCCGGCUCCCACAGAGAAGAAAGAGUACAAGCCGUUCAUGGCUGCUCAUUCAAGCGCCAACGCGCCCCCGCCUCCUGGGGCAGGUACGAACUCCGUUGGUCUUCAGCAGGACGUGGGUCAGGAUGGAAAGAAGAGCAAGUUUGGCAAGUACGGUAAUACGAUGGCCCACUCUGCAGCUGGAGGUGUAGGAUUCGGUGCUGGGGCUGCUAUUGGCGGUGGCCUGGUUAGAGCAAUAUUCUAAUUGCAUCGUAUUAU